GUCGACUGUUGUGCUGCAUUGUUGUUGUAUCAUGUCAAAAUUGACAAAUAUUGUUAAUUUAAGGACGCGUUUAUUUUAAAUUUAUUAAAAUAACGAUAUAAAUAAACAAUUAGGUGCUAAUAUAAAUUGUAAAACAAGCUUUUGAACCGUUUGAGGAUCUAACCUCAAAUGAGUUCAAUUCAAGAAAGGCUACAAAUGAAGCGAGUGCCUUUGGAUACAUGGAAUGUGCGGGAACAGUUAUGUCUGGCGUCUGCCGUCGUGCGAAGCGGUGAUCAGAACUGGAUGUCAGUUUCCCGCGCUUUAAAAACCAUCGGAGAACCUAAUCGACCACCAGAUUGGUAUUCGCAGAAGAGCUGCGCAGCUCAAUAUGGAGCAUUACUUGAACAUGUGGAAACUCCAAAGCGCAAGAAGCGAAGCUCUGAGGGAGCGGUGGAGACACCACAGGAGAGCAUCCUGAAGAGACUGACGCAGGAACGUAUUGUGGAGAUACAGAAGACACUGGCAGAGAUGAACCAGCAAUAUGAGCAGUUGAAGAACGAGAUAACCGAAGUCCGGAACCCGUCGACUUCGGAAGACCGUCUCCGCGAGGUCUGGUCUGCCAUCGAGGCGCGGAACAGGGCGAGAGAGCGAGAGGCAGCAAGGCGGGCAGCCUGGCUGAAGGAGAGAGACGAGAGACGAGCGAGGGUGGACAGGGCGUGGAGACCGAAUAUGAACCAGACAGUCCCUACUACUGCCCCCUCCCCGCUGCCGCCGGCCUCCCCGCUGCUGACGUCACUGCUGAAGUCCUCGCCGGUAGUCACCACUCCACAGCACAUCUCACACCCCGCCAAUGUAGUCGAGACAGUGAGCCCGUCAGUGACAGCCCCAACCCUGUCGAUGCUGUUAGAGAAGUCAGCGACAUCAGGGUCCAGUCAACACGAGAGCAAGCACGCGGCCAUAGAACACAUCAAGAGUCAACUCGUGCAGAUAGAGCAACAACUUAAAGCCAACACCCCUCCAGUCCUAUCAACGGGUGCGCCGCCCCCGCAAGUCCCACCGCUGGACAUCGACGAUAUCGAGAUCAAGGCCGAGGAUGUGUACGCGUUCCGGGAUAUAGACAUACACAUACCGCCCGUCACCGCCAUGCACAAGCCCAGCAACAGAACGUUGGAAAAGCCGCCCGCUAAAAAAGAUGACGUCGAAGAAUCGAACCCCACACUGCCUGAGGAAACGUCUAGCAAUGUUGAAGACCAAGCCAUUAAGGAGGAACCAGUUGUCCCAGAACCAGUGCAAGAGGAACUUCCACAAGAGGAAAUGGAGACGAUAGCAGAGCCUCCGACGCAGCGACCGGAAACGAUAACCAAAGAAUUGACACCGGAAACGGAAGUGAGAAUCGCUUUCCCCGAAGUCAAGUUCCCGACAACGGAGAUCAAAGUUAUACAGCCAGAAGUACAAAAGAUUAAAGAAGAGAUAAAAGAACCGGAAACGCCGACAGAACCGGAAACAGUUGAAGAGGAGAUUAUAGAAGAACAGGAACCGGUUGCAGAAGUUGAGAGUUCCGUACAAGAAGAGAAAACAGAAGAAAUUCCUCAAGAGCAAGAGAUAGUAAGAGAGAGUGAAACAGCAAUAGAACAGACUUCAGAAGUAGAGUUACCGUCUGAGGAAGUGGCGCCGGAAGAGAUACCGCUUCCGCCGGAACCGGAACCGGAGCCAGAUGUGCGGCCGGAUGUGAACGUCGAACCGGUGACGGAUGUGAAUGUUGAACAGGAGGUAGCGACGGUUGUUGUGGGCAAACGUCUCAACGGAAUCCCAACCACAGCGCCACCGCUACCAGUUGAAGAGGAAGUGACGCCACAACCGGAAGCCCAGACUGACAGCAUAGAACAUAAGCUAGCAAUGAUGGAGAAAGGAGAAGAAGAACAGAAGAGCGUAGAACAGAUCAAGAAGGAGGAAGAAUCUGAGGACUCCAUUCCUCUGAAGGAGAUGGUUCGAGAGGAGUCCGCCACAGAAGCAGAGGUCAAAGAAGAGAUCGUAGAAGAUACACACACGGAGACAGAUGACGAUACUCCUAUGGAGUUAAGUCGCGAAGAAGAGAAGGACGGAAAGAAAAAGAGAGAUUACUCUCGUAAGAAGAAGAGUGAUUCUAGAACCUGCUCAGGGUCGGAGAGUGCGGCGGAGGCCAGCGCCCCCGAGUCCCCGAGCACCAACGACGCGGAGAGGCAACACCGGCUGUGGAAGAAGUCCGUCAUGCUGGUCUACAGCAGACUAUGCGCCCACAAGUACGCGUCGCUGUUCCUGCGGCCCAUCAGCGACGAGGAGGCUCCCGGCUACAGCCUGGUCGUCAAGAGGCCCAUGGACUUCAACACCAUACGGAAGAACAUCGACUCGGGAGUUAUAAGGACGACAGCUCAGUUCCAGCGCGACGUGUUGCUGAUGCUGUCCAACGCGCUCAUGUACAACAGCAGCGAGCACAGCGUCUACACCAUGGCCAAGGAAAUGCACGCUGAGGCUCUGGGCCAGCUGGGCAUGUUGCUGGCCGCGCAGGCUCACGCGGGGCUGGUGCAGGUCCCCGCCAGGAGGAAGAGGAGGAGGGACCACGCCGGGGGGCAGCCUCCACACAAGCGGACUCACUAGGGGGGGCAGCCGGGCAAGUGGAUAUACUAGGGGGGCAUCAUCAACCAGAGUCACGUAAAGUAUGUGCGAGUGAUCCCGUGACUCUGGCUAAAGCAGUAGAAGGGGCCCGGGGUGGUGUUAGUCGGUGGACGUCAGACAUAUCAUCACGCCGUGCCCUCGACGUGGGUUGAAGACAUUAGCGUUUCACCUCGGAAAAAAGGGCAUCAUCAUCAUCAUCCACA